CACUGUUAGCGACGAAUCUCAAUUUAAGCAGCUAGAAGGCGUAAUAAAAAAGUGAAGUAAUCAAGAUGGUUAACCUGAUUUUAUAUGGAACUGAGGUUAGUCCACCGGUUCGAGCCGUUCUGCUGACUCUACGCGCCCUCCAGCUGGAGCAUGAGUACCGCCCCCUGGACAUGCGAGCUGGGGAUCAUCUGAAGCCGGAAAUGUUGCGCAAGAAUCCGCAGCACACGGUGCCAAUGCUGGAGGAUGGUGACUCGUGCAUUUGGGACUCGCAUGCCAUCAUCGGCUAUCUGGUGAACAAGUACGCCCAGUCGGACGAGCUGUAUCCCAAGGAUCCGUUUCAGCGGGCCAUUGUGGAUCAGCGGCUGCAUUUCGAGACCGGUGUCCUCUUCCACGGCAUUUUCAAGCAGCUGCAGAGGGCUCUCUUCAAGGAGAACGCCACCGAGGUGCCCAAGGAUCGAUUGGCUGAGCUGCGGGAUGCCUACGCAUUGCUGGAGCAGUUUCUGGCCGAGAAUCCCUAUUUGGCCGGUCCUCAAUUGACCAUCGCCGACUUUAGCAUUGUGGCCACGGUGAGCACCCUGCAUCUGAGCUACUGCCCCGUGGAUGGUGGCAAAUACCCCAAGUUAGCCGCUUGGUUGGCACGCCUUUCUGCGUUGCCCUUCUAUGAGGAGGACAACUUGAGAGGAGCCCGCCUUCUGGCCGACAAGAUCCGGGCCAAGCUGCCCAAACAGUUUGACAAACUGUGGCAAAAGGCCUUCGAGGACAUCAAGAGCGGAGCAGGAAAACAGUGAUU